CGAAAGAAGAGUUCUACUAUGAGCAGGAACGUGAACUGAUACGACAAAUGAAGGAGGAUGCAGAACAUGGGCCGUGCCGUAUCAAUGAGAGGACCGAGAGAGACCUGAUAAUAGGAGAGUCAGGACUCCUUACGCCACAAAAAAAAACUCUUAUGGUAGAGGUAAUGAAAGAGCGGCAUUGCGCAUAUGCGUUUGACGAUGAUGAGCGUGGGCGACUCGAUGUGGAUAGAGUUCCAAUGAUUCGGAUCUACACUGUGCCUCAUGUGCCAUGGAUCUUGAGAGGGUCACGCUAUUCCAAUCCGGCAGAGGAACGGAGAGUAGUCGACUACCUGGAUGACAAGAUUCAUUCUCAUGUAGACGACUACUCAAGUGGGCCUUACGCAUCACUAUGGUUCUGCUUUAUCAAGUCGAACGGUACCCUGAGGUGGGUACAGGACCUUCAACGCCUGAAUGAAGUAACGAUACGAGAUGCGGGAGGUUUGCCAAACGCAGAUGCGCUGUCAGAAUUUUGUGUCGGCAGACCCAUCAUUUCCUUGAUAGACCUGUACUCAGGGUACGAUCAAUUCCCGGUGUAUCCACUUGAUAGGCCUAUGACGGCGAUGCAUACACCACAGGGGCUGAUCCAUAUGAAUGUGGCGCCACAAGGUUGGACGAAUGUUGUAGCAAUAGUGCAAAGGCAUAUGGUUCGCGUUAUGCAGACGGUUAGUCCACAUCUUACACAACCAUACAUUAAUGAUUUGGUCGUGAAAGGGCGGAAGAAGAAGAAUGAGACAGAGGUUAUGCCUGGGGUAAGGAAAUUCGUCUGGGAUCAUAUACAAGAUAUUGCUUGGAUUCUUGACAUUCUGAAGGAUUACAACAUUACCACAAGCGGACUAAAGUCGAGACACUAUAUGCGGGAGACGACCAUAUUAGGCUUCGUACGUAACGAGAACGGUCGUCGCUCUGACAUCAAGAAGACUAACAAGAUACUCGAAUGGCCGGUGUCAUUCGAAUCUGUUAGUGAAAUUCGUAGCUUCCUGGGGAUAUGUGGUUUUUGGCGAGUUUUCGUCAAAAACUUCGUUGAGAAGACAGAGAAGUUGAGGAAGUUUGUGAGGAAGGAUCAAGAAUGGGAAUGGGAUGAGAAGCAGGAAGGAGUGUUGGAACGCAUACCUGGGAAUAAGAAUCGCGUUAACGAGCUUAGCCGGAUCAAUUGGGAUAAGUCUGGCAAUGGAGCUAAUGAGGAUAUACCUCCGGUAGAUGUAUUCCUCGAUGAGGAGGAGGUUGUGAAGCUCCAUAUCAAUGCGCAUGCCGUUGGGGUCAGUGGAGUUAUUGUGCAAGGGCAGUCUGGUUUUCUUGCUCCUGCAGGGUACGUGAAGCGAGCGGAUAUAGUCCUCAAGGACUUCGUGGAGGAGGAUCCUUGGGGAGGGAAGGAGGUUGAGUGGAUGGCAAAGUUUGCAUUGACUGAGACCUUCCAGUUAGAAGAAGAUCCGUUGGCCAUUGAAAGUGGAGCUCACUCGACACUCACGCGAAGUAUGUGGCGGAUGUCAGUUUCCUCGUCAACUCAAUUGUCCAAAUACACGAGGAUGGAGAAGGGAGUGGAGACCCUAUGAGAGAUAUGGAAGAGAACGAGUUCGAGGAAGGAGAGAUAACGAAGGUUUUUUGCGCAGAUGAGUACGAUGGCGUAUACCUUGAA